AUGAGCACUGAUUUGAUCGCUUACUUGAGCUACAUGUCCAACUGGACUGGAGGAGCCGAUAACGAUAUCCAGUCAUUGAUCGAUGAGCACAAGCUUUUCGUGUCCCUGGGCGAUUUCGACUUCGACACGCCUAUCAAUACGGAGUUCAACACGCUGGUAGACCUGGCGGACACCGUGCGCGACGAGACCAUUGCCACAGAUGCGAUCCAGAUCGCUGCGGAUGCUGCCGCCUUGGCUUCCAUCUAUUCUUUCGGCCUUGGCAUGCUUCUAUUCAUCCCCCUGCAGGCUUCGGUUGUCCUCGACAGAGCCGACAUUUCCAGCAAGUCCGCAGCCUUGAACAGCAAGCUGAACUCUGUUGACACCGACAUCGCGACUCUGAUCGGUCCCACCGUCUCUCAGUAUAUUACCGCUUACAAGGCGAACAACGACAUGAUCAAGUCCAUGGCGGCGGAAGGCAUGGACGGACAGACAUGUCGCUCUAUCCUCUUGCAGUUCAUGGCGCAGAUCGAACUGGGUGGUGGCACGCUCGAUGUCCCCACUUUUAAACAGUAUGCGGACUCGGCGCGCAAACUCUACAACAGCCAGCAGAUCAGUGCCGUCUACGAUGCUCUGGACCAAUUGAACUUGAGCCAAAAGUCGGACAAUGAUGUGACCACCUUCGUCAAUUCCAUCAAGGGCUUCACGUUCGAUGGCAGCACGGAAGUGGCCAUGGCCCGCGUCCUUUGCGUCGGCAUUAUGGCCAACAGAAUGAGCAUCGCCACCACGAAGCUUGCUCAGAACGCUGAUAUGGCGGAGUUGGUGGGUGCAGAGGCGGAAACAAGCGUGUUCAAGAUGAUGAAUUGCUGGGGCAAAGCCAUUGUCGGACUUGCAGCUAUCGCAUCUGUGGUCGACAUCGUUCUGCAAGUCCUUGACAUCGUCGACGUGGUAGAGCAGACAAAGCAGAUGGUGGAUGCCUUGAAUGGUCAGAUCAAGACGAGCUACCAGAACUACUAUGGCAACAUGAAAACGGCAGCCCAGCAGUACAACCAGGCAAUCGCCGCGAAGACUAGCUAG